AUGGCCAUUGAAAUCUUCGUUGUCACGGUGGCAGUAGCAAUACAGCUUCUAGUCUCCCCCAUUCCAGAGGCUUCGACCAUAAAGAUCUUGCUAUCAUACUUUGCUGGCAACUGUGCAGUUCUUGCCUGGCAAUUUCAGACAACACAAGCAGUGAAAACGGCAUUUCCGGGGCCCAAGUCUGCUGCUAUCUCUAAGUUAUGGGCAGCCAAUCAAUGUCGCCUCGGUCGUACAGUUCUCACUCUAAAAAGGCUACAUGAACAAUACGAUAGUGACAUUAUCCGCAUUGGUCCUAAUGAGGUGUCUAUCAACAAUGUUGAAGCUGUACACACCAUCUACAAAGGAAGAUACCAAAGGGGCUUCUUCUACGAAUUUCGCGCUUCCAAUGGCGAGUUGAAUCUGAAUACCACUAGAGAUUACGCCAAACAUAGUGCCUGGAGAAAGAUAUGGGAGAGAGCCUUUUCACCCACGGAAAUUCUCAAUUACAACAAGCGAGUAGAGCAUCAUGCCGAAAAAUUCAUCACAAUCUUGAAAUCCCAGCGAGGUGCAGCAGUGAACUGUUCGAAACUAAUGGAUGACCUCAUGUUUGACAUAACAAUGGAUCUAGGCUUUGGGAGUGACGCCGGCAUGCAGGAUGGUAUGGGAGAUGGGCAGUAUAUCCAGUUCCUCCACAAAUACGCAUGCACAGUCACGGUUCUCAGUGCCCUCCGUAACGCCGGGGAACUUCUAUGCUACUUACCGGUGAGCGCCGAGGUGAAAGCGUUUCGAGAACGAGGCAAGCAAGUCGUCAAUGAUAGACAAAGAUCAGAGGCAGUGAGAACAGACGUAUUCCGUCAUUUUCUUCACUGUGAACUCGACCCUGGAGUACAAUUCUCGCAAACUGAUCUUAACACAAAUGCACUUUUAAUACUGGGUGCUGGUACUGAAACAACAUCUUCAACUGCAUCGCAAAUACUGCGUUUGCUGGCUGAAAAUCCUUGCAUCCAAAGCAAAUUAAGGGCAGAACUGGAUUCGCACUGCAGUAUUGAAACGAAGUUGACGGUCGAAAUGACGAGGAAUUUGCCGUACCUGAACGCAGUCGUCAGCGAGGGGUUGCGGCUAGUGAACCCAGUUCCCUCAGGAGUCCCAGCUAUCACACCACCCGACGGUGUUUAUAUAGGAGAUGUUUACAUUCCCGGGAAUGUUGAAGUGCGGAUCCCCUCACAGGUCUUGAUGACCGAUUCUCGUUAUUUUCCACAAGGUGGGCAGUUUAUACCUGAACGAUGGACGGGAGAGAUGCCGGAGCUCAUCCUUGAUCGCCGAGCAUAUAUUCCCUUUGGCUAUGGAGUACACUCCUGCAUCGGCAGGCAGGUGGCCCUAAAUGAAAUGCGGCUUGUGGUUGGACGCGUGGUAAAGGAGUUUAUAAUCUCUCUUGGGGAGCUUUAUGAUGCCAAGCAAUUUUCCUUACAGACGAAAGACUACCUCACGGUUCAGCUUGCAUCACUACCACUAAAGUUCACGCCCAGGCCCAAGAACGCGGACAGUAACCGAGGGGGCGAGAUCUACUCAUAG